AUGUCUCUUCAGGGGACAUCUCGAGCGCUCGCCCGCUCGUCGGCCGCCGCUUUCGCAAAAUUCGCCCCUCAGUCAUCAGCUCCGCGCCGAUGCCCUCAAUGCUAUCGCCCAUUCUCCAUCGCAGCGCCGUACCGGACAUCAUCAAAGCGGCAAUUGCAAACCGCUAGUGCAUACCAUCCGUCAAGUUUGCAGCCCGAGCUGCCGCCCCGCAACUUUGGAGUUCCAGAUACUUCAAUAGCCGGCGGAAAGCCAGAACUGGACAACUCUUACCCACCACGAACCGCACAAGAACAACGGAAAACCGCUACCACGCAGGAGCGACCGAGCGUGAGCCUACCCGAGAGCGAGGCACAGAAGAGCCAGGCUGCACCAAGCAGACCUCUUAGACCUCGGAAGUACAAUUUCGGCAAGCGCAAAGCUGUCAUGAAGCUGUCUCCGUCGGCAGUGUCACAUUUGAGAGCGCUUCUCGAACAGCCCGAACCGAAGCUCAUACGUAUCGGUACCAAGGCAAAGGGUUGCUCCGGGCUGGCAUAUCAUUUGGAGUAUGUGGAUAAGCCUUCGCCGCUUGACGAACAGGUUGAACAGGAUGGCGUCAAGGUCUUGAUCGAUAACAAGGCAUUGUUGAACAUCAUUGGGAGCGAAAUGGACUGGCUGGAGGAUAAGCUUAAUGAGCGCUUCGUUUUCAAGAACCCAAAUAUCACUGAACAAUGCGGAUGUGGCGAGUCAUUCAGCGUGGGAUAG